UAGAACGUCUUCCAAUCAGAAGCGCAAAGGGCGUCCUGGCUUUUUCCACUAGAGCCGGAGUAGGCCCGCCCAAACCUCCAGGAGCCCGCCAAUGAGGCCGGCGGCGGAGCCACGCUCGGCCAACCAGAAAGCGGAACCGAUGUCGGCACCGUUACUGGGGCGGGGCGUACGGUCCCCCCCGCCACUAAGAUUGCGUCCGCGGCUUCCGAGCCUUCCAAUGCAGGACGUGGGCGAGCUCUAGUUCUCCCAAUCGGUGCGCGGCGAUGGAAAUUCAAACUGACAGCCGGUUUGGAAAGGCAGAGCGAGCGGAAGAGGAGGCAGAAACGACGUGUUCGGUGACCGGGAUUCCAAAGUCGACUGAGCCCCCAAAGCGAGCCCCACCACCACCACCGCACGUUCUGGAGCGGCCGCUCCGGGAGAGGCCUGGAGGGAAGGCCGCGGAGAACGGGGGGCACGAGGGGGACGCGAGAGCCCGCACGCUGAGGAUUGGGGGCUGCCGCGGGAGAAGCGAAGCCGGGGGCCGGCUGGGACGAGCCGAGCGGCGGAGGUUCGCUGCAGGACUGCGGAGAAGCAGGGACCCUCCCGGUGGGCAGGGCUCAGGGCAUUUCCGAACCCUGGGAACCCAGGGCAUUUCCUGGAAGAGGCGUGCGUAGGGAGAUCGCCCGGGACCCGACAAAUAGGAAUUGGAGCUCUCGGGGGGAGGGGCUUGGGAGAGGAAAAGCUUUAAAUGCGAGGGAAUUGCUGAAGGAGGGGGAGCCGGAGGAGAAAAUCCCUGUAGACGGGAGGAAGGGAAAACGGCAGACAAGUUCCCGAGGCCCCUAGCAGCUUGUCCCCCUCCCCCGCCCACUUCAAACCUCUCCCCCUUCCCGGAAAGUUCAAAGGAUAAAGCCAAAACUGCUGCUGCUCUCUCCUGUUCCUGCUCAAUAAAUAUUACUUUUACCGUCCCCGGGGAAAAAAAAAAAGAACUAAUUCUCCUUCCCAAUUUUAGGGCUCAGAAAAGCUCGAGGCCUCGCCAUUUUAUUUUUAGCCCCGGGGGAAUCCACCUAGGAAGGGUCUUGCUCUUUGGUUGCAUUUUUUCAAAUCCCACGCCACAUCCUUGCCCGGGACGCCAUGUCUACCAGCAGCUGUAGCUUCCAGGACCGGUGCGUGUCCAUCCUGUCUUGCAAAUUCUGUAAACAAGUGCUCAGCUCUCGGGGCAUGAAGGCUGUUUUGCUGGCCGACACCGACAUAGACCUUUUCUCUACAGACAUCCCUCCUACCAACACAGUGGACUUAAUAGGAAGAUGCUAUUAUACAGAAAUCUGCAAGUGUAAACUGAAGGACAUCGCAUGUUUAAAAUGUGGGAACAUUGUGGGUUAUCAUGUGAUUGUUCCAUGUUGCUCCUGCCUUCUCUCCUGUAACAACGGGCACUUCUGGAUGUUUCACAGCCAGGCAGUUUAUGGUAUUAACAGACUAGACUCUACAGGUGUUAACUUCCUACUUUGGGGCAACUUGCCAGAGAUAGAAGAAAGUGCAGAUGAAGACAUGUUAGAUAUCUCAGCAGAGGAGUGUAUUAGAUGAAUAGGAGAAUAGACUUAUGAUAGAUAUAAUAUUUGGACUUUUUACUAUUUAAAAUGUAUAUUAAUGGAUCAACUUCAAAUUGUUAGUAAGGAUUUUCCAGUGAUUUAUUUUUUUAGAAAACCAAAAUGGGGCAUUUGUUGAUUUAUUUAUUUGCUGUCUUAAAUUAAUUACCUGUUUAAUUUGAGCCAAUGUAGUUCUUUUCUUCUACUUCUACUUCUUUUUCUUCCUCUCUCCAUUCAUCAGCCCAGUAUAGGUGUAUUCUUAACUUCACAUAAGAGACUUUUUUCAUGUGCCAUUCAGCUACCUCCCAAUCUGGGGAAGUUUUUCUUACAACUAGAUGCCAGGUAUAUUAUUUUACAUUCCUGAAUAAGGAGCAUUAGUACCCACACAUAUAUCAACUGUGCAUAUAUCCAUGCAUAAAUCCACACAUAUAACCAUGUAUACAUAUGUGAUGCUCAACUUGGAAAUAAACCUUAACAGAGAAUUUUAAAAAAACAAGCUGAUAGGUUUCCAUGGGUACUAGUUAUCAUAUGUUAUUUUGGUGACAACUACUUUAAUGUGGAACAAGACUUUGUGAAUCAACAAAUAUAACACAUUUUUAAAUGUAUGGAGAAAUCCUCUUGAUUCCUCAGCAUGAUGUUAGAUAAAUAAAUUUGUCAGAAAAUUAUCAAUAUAUAUACUGUGUACCAAUAUUAUUUAUUUGCCUUCUUCUAAAGUCAUAUGGAUAUUGUAUUAUGAAAGCCAGAUAAACCAAACCUCUGUCUUUAAAUUACCUCAUUCUCUAGAGCUUUCUCUAUAAGUAGCAAAUUUUAAAUAUGAGUAAUCUCAGUCCCAACCCUUAAAUAGAAAAACAAAAACAAAAUCUAAAGAAGUGGUUUGUUUAAGCCCUUGUGCAUUAUAAAGAGAGUUUGUUCUUUUGAAAGCUACAUUCGGAGCCACACAGAAGUAGGAAACGGGGAUAGUGUUGGAUUCUGGUCUUAUGUAUAGCUAAAAUCAAUGUAUAGCCUCAACUAGUAUCUCAAUUGUAGGUAUUUUGUCAAUAAUGAUACCAAAACAGACUGAGUUGCGGUUUUGUAAAUAAACUAUUGUCCUGAAAA